AUGGCUUGCGCAAAAGGUCAGACCCAUUCCAAAUACCCACCUGAACCCAUUACAGAGUCCUCUGGGCCAACAGCAGAUGUGGAGAAACAAGUGAAUCCAGAGUCCUCAGACAGACCUCAGGAAAAGCAAUCGGCGUUCAAGAAUCUCGGGCUUCUGGACCGAUUCCUCGCAGUAUGGAUCUUUCUGGCUAUGGCAAUUGGAAUAAUCCUGGGCAACUUCGUCCCGAACACUGGACCUGCGCUGCAACAAGGGAAAUUUGUGGGAGUAUCAAUCCCUAUAGCCGUUGGUCUACUCGUCAUGAUGUAUCCCAUUCUAUGUAAGGUUAGAUAUGAGAGCUUGCAUCAUGUUUUUCGGGCUCGCGGUAUUUGGGUUCAGAUCGCCUUUAGCGUUGUUGUUAAUUGGAUCAUUGCUCCAUUUUUCAUGCUAGCAUUGGCUUGGGCCUUUUUACCCGACGAACCGGAGCUACGACAAGGACUGAUUCUUGUUGGACUGGCACGGUGUAUCGCUAUGGUCUUAAUCUGGACAGGCCUCGCUGGAGGCGACAACGAAUACUGCGCGAUUCUAGUCGCCAUCAACUCCCUCCUCCAAAUGGUUCUCUUCGCACCAAUGGGCGUAUUCUUCAUCGAAGUAAUAAGCGGCGACACCAUCACAUUCGAGUACAGCACCGCCGCCAAAAGCGUCGCCGUAUUCCUCGGAAUUCCCCUCGGCGCGGCAAUCCUCACACGCUUCCUCCUCCGCUGGAUAACCAGCGCACGAUGGUACGACCAAGUAUUCCUUAAAUGGAUCAGCCCGUUAUCCCUCAUCGGACUCCUAUUCACGAUCCUGGUACUCUUUGCCUCGCAGGGUCGUCAGGUGGUGCAUCAGAUCGUCUCCGUGGUUCGUGUCGCGGCACCGCUUAUUGUGUAUUUCGCUGUUAUCUUCUUCGCAACGCUUUUCAUCACGUAUAAAAUGGGCUUUGGGUACAGGUUGGCAGCGACGCAGAGCUUCACGGCGGCUAGCAAUAACUUUGAGUUGGCUAUUGCUGUUGCUGUGGCGACGUUUGGGGAGAAUAGUAACCAGGCUCUUGCUUCUACUGUUGGGCCGCUUAUUGAGGUUCCCGUGCUGUUAGGGCUGGUUUAUGCUGUGAGGCUGGUAGCCAAUCGGCUGGGUUGGAAGGAUUGA